GUAACAGUGUAUCUUUGUCCCUUGUUCGAAAGAUUUGCUCUGAAGUAAAAACAUUUUAGCAUGAAGUUCUGGAACACAUGCACAUGACUGCCUUUUGCUCUUCGGUAUCAAAGUCUUCAACUAUCCAAUAAGAAUCGAUCCACCGACAGCAUAAGAUUGGUUGUCAUAUCCAGUCGUAGGUGUAGUUCUCCUAGAAAAAUGUCGGUCCAUGAAUCCGCAGUUAAACUUGUUUUUGUCACAGGCAGUCUUUGUUCUCUUCUUGGCGUAUGUGUAAAGAAAGGUUUACCGACGGCACCUGGUCCUGAUAAUCAAGUAGGGAGCGAGGACUGCCAUAAAAGCUGAGUUUCGAUUUUCCACUCGAACAUCUGCUUGGAGAUUAUGCACUCGCCUCCUGUAUUAUCACAGUGCAGCAGCAGUCCUAGCGGCGACUCAGCUUAUUGCAGCCUUUCCCUACCGUGUGCACCGACCGAGUAAUAUCAACCACCUGUUACAAACUGUUAGUAACUUGGUCGUUUAACUGACAACGGUGAUGUAGACUACAGUCAUACGGAAACUCCAAUUUUAGUUACUCAUUCAAGCACCCCAGCCCAGCCAUGCUGGAGUUGGUUGUAUCCGGAUUUCUGCUGGUCCUGUUGGUGCAGGUAGUGAGACUGUUCCUGUCUGAUGGAGACCUCUCACUCAUGUGGUACGAGAGGUUUGGAAAGACUCCAGACCAGCUGGCAGGUAAGGUGGUGUGGAUCACAGGAGCGUCCAGCGGGAUAGGAGAGGCGCUGGCUGUGGAGCUCAGCAGGGCAGGGGUUAAACUGGUGCUGUCUGCCAGGAGGGAGGACGAGCUCAGGAGAGUCAAGCAAACAUGCCUGGGGACCGGGAAAGUUUCUGACAGUGACGUGCUGGUUUUACCACUGGACUCUGUUGCCUUUGACACCCAUGCUGGGUGUGUGGAGCAGGUUCUAGCUCACUUUGGCAGAAUUGACGUCCUGGUGAACAACAGUGGGCGCGGUCAGCGGUCAGUGUUCUGGCAGACAAGCCUGGCCGGUGACAGGCACAUCUUUGAGCUGAAUGUCCUGGGGCAGGUGUCGCUGACCAAGGCUGUGCUUCCUCACAUGAUGGAGCGGGGGGAGGGGCAGAUCAUGGUCACCAGUAGCCUGUCAGGGAUCAUACCCACACCAGCGGGGUCUGCCUACAGUGGGAGCAAGUUCGCUGUUCAUGGCUUUUUCGGAGCCUUGCGAGCUGAGUUACACUCGUACGAUAUAAACAUACUCCUGGCCUGUCCUGGACCUGUGAUAUCCAACGCUGGAAAGAACGUACUGGUGGGAGAACCAGACAAGACUUCCACAUUAGAUCCUACAAAGGACCCCUUGCAUUCCAAUGACAUGCCAACGGCCCGUUGUGCCAGACUUCUGGCAGUCGGCAUGGCUAACAGGCUGGAUGAGAUCUGGGUAGCGAGGCACCCGUACCUGUUAUAUCCUUACCUCAGAAGCUACCUGCCAGUGCCAGCCCUGGAAAGGAGGAUGUCCAAAACUUUUGCCAAGCGUCGAAUGAAGAUCGUGAUGCAGGACAAGAAAAUGCAGUAAAACCACCAAGUCCGUGAACUGCAACCAGAGUCCUACUGCCUAAUCCCUUCCUUCAGUGAUUUAGUGACAAAACUCUGAGGGGAGAUGGUGCAACUAUACUGUCAAAUCAUGUAUAAUUGUUAUCUUGUAGUCAUCCUGUCUCUUAUGUGAUCCUAUGUAUUUCUGUACAUGACUGACUGAUGUGUAAGUGAUGUACAUAGAAUCAUGGGAAGAAUAGCUGACGUGUUGAGCUUAUUCUGGAUCCAAAUAAAAGUCAAAUUCAAAUUAAUUUUUGAAUCAACUUUGUUUGAACACUAACCAUUACCUAUUGGUAAAAAGAAGAAAGUAUACCAAUGAGUCAGCUUCACUUUACAUUGUAUUUCACCAUUCUGUACAGCCAGAUCUGACAUUUCUCUGGUGGAAUGUAAUAGUACUAGUAGUAUCACUAGCUCCACAAACACUGUGGAAACAUGUAGAUAUGUGUCCCAUGAAGUUUCUUUACAGAAGUUUUCAAGUUCAAAGUCUUGAAGAGAUUGUACUUUGCAGUGUUUCAAAAACUCCAUUUUGGUCCCAUGUGUAAUGGAUAUGUCAAACUACUGGAUUACUAUAAUAUGUACACAAACAGGACAAGAUGUUUUUCUGGAAGUGAACAUCUAAUUCAAUCCUUGUAGGUCAAAGUAACAGUCAUAUAAUACAUUAAGUAUUCACCUCCUGAACGAUUUUUGAGUUCCACCAAACUAUACAUUGCAACAGCAUAAAACAUUAAAAUCUAUAAUUCCGCUAAAAUCAGCUACUGCUAGUUACAUGAAACCUUUUUAUAAUUGUGUUACUUUGCAUAAAACACACAAUGUUCUAAUUUUAGAUACAAAAAUAUCUCACAAAUAUAUUCAAGUAUGUACAAAACACAUUUCCUUACAAGUUUUUGACUCUUGCCUUUGCCUCAAUCAGAUUAAAGUCUCUGACUUAAAAAGUAAAAAAAAAGUAGGCUACCAGGACAUUUACAAUAACUAUACAUAUUACCAAGCACAAGUCACUUUUCUGGUGCAUAGAACAUGUUGUGUAAUGAAGCCAUCCCAGAUUGAUGGCUGGAAACAACCUGGACAAUAUACUUGAAAAUGUACAAUAUUAUACCAAACACAUUGUUCACCUUUGGUCAAACAUACAUUUGAAU